UGCUGUCAGUCAGUCUGCAGGUGAACAGAGGAGGAGGAGGAAGUAUCUGAUGAGAGCCGCUCGCAGAGAGUCUCUGAUGGUGACAGACAGAGGUCGGAUUACAGGGAGCGAGCAGCAGAUACUUAGUGUCGGUCCAGUCUCACUCAGAAACUCACCUGUCCCUCACCUGUGAUGGAUGUGGAUGAAGUCCCGACUCAGGACUAUGAACUGAUCCCUCACAGAGGGUUCGGCCUCAUCACAGGGAUCCAUGAUGCGGAUGAUGUGGAUCAGAUCUACGACCUGGAGAUUCGGGACACGGAUGUGUUCGUCAUCACGUACCCAAAGUCAGGAACAAUCUGGAUGCAGCAGAUCCUUCUGCUGCUCGAGGCUGAGGGAGAUGUGUCGUCCAUCUCUCAGGCGGGGAAUAACUCGGACCUGGUCCCUUGGAUGGAGGUGAAGGGCACCAGAGAGGCCUUCAUCACGGCCCCCUCCCCACGCCUCAGGGUCUCUCACCUGCCGUCCAGGUUCAUGCCUGCAGCUCUGAGCACGAGGAAGGGAAAGGUGAUCUACGUGGCCAGAAAUCCCAAAGAUGUCCUGGUGUCUUACUUCCACUUCCACAAAGUGGCGAACAUGUUGGAGACCCCGAAAGACUUCAAUGAUUUCUUUGAGAAGUUCAUGACGGACAGAGUGUUUGGAGGCAGCUGGUUCGAGCACGUGAAGACGUGGUACUCUCACAGAGACCACAUGGACAUGCUCUUCAUCACGUACGAGGAGAUGAUUCAGGACCUGUCGUCGGUGGUGCAGAGGAUAUCCUCUCUCCUGGGUAAAGAUCUGACGGAAGAGCAGCUUGCCAGUGUGGUGAAACACAGCACCUUCAACAACAUGAAGAAGAUCCCUCAGGCGUCCUACCAGCAGGUAUCAGAUGACCUGCUCAACCACAGCCAGGGGGUCUUCAUGAGGAAAGGAACUGUGGGGGACUGGAAGAACCACUUCACCGUGGCUCAGAGCGAGCGCUUUGAUGAGCUCUUCCUCAGAGAGAUGCAGGACUUCCCCGUGCCGUUUAUCUGGGACAUCAGGGACAUGAAGUGAUCUAACCUCAGAGGAGACGUCACAACUGCAGCUCCAUGAACUCUGAACACAGUAAAUAUUUAUGUUAGCUUGUUUAUCCUCACUGCUGUCUCUUGAGUGUAAGCCUCUGAGGCUGUUCCACAAACAUGCCCGUCUGUCAGCACAUUACUAUUUAAACUGAAAUAACAUAAAGAGAACACACUGGAGUCCACUGUAAACCUCAUUUGACCGUCAGUGACCUUCACUGACCUACAGACGAGACUGACCGGCACCAGCUCAGAGGGUUCACACCAGAAGAGAAUCACAGCUGAUCUAGAACCAGGUUCAAGAUCCACAACAUAUGAGAGAUCACAGAAUCAGUAGACAGCUCACAAAUACUAAAUAAAAACACACUCAACAUCCUGAGUCUGAACCACAGCAGCCAGGAGGUUUGAAUCAAGUCCCACAUAGAGCAGAGACUGCUCAGAGACCCCACUCAGGUCUCUGGACCCGUGGAGCAGAUUAAGACCCUCCCUCCUCACUGAUCCUGAAGUAUCAGAGUCCAGGUCAGACUGCAUGUGGUCUCAGUCUGCAGGAGAACACGCUCUCUGUUCAAAGGUCUGCUUCUCUACAGUGGACUCGGGUCAUGUGACCCGGACGUGGAGUCACAUGACCCGAGUCAGAGCUCCUCUUAACUUUGACUCCAGCUUCAUCAUUCAUGACUCCAGGCUAACGGUCUCUGUGGUUCCUGAACAGACUCUGAAUCUAGAAGUGUCUUCCUCUCCUGGUUUCUCUCAGACGGUCUAGAGGUCUGAACUAAUUGUGCAGUCUAUGGAUAAUUAAUCUGUCAAUCAUGUGUUUUAUUGAUCAGGUGAGGGGGCAGUGGCCUAAGGUGGUCUCUCCUCUCGUUCUCUUCCAUCAGAUGAUAUUUUUGUAAUCUCAGAUGUCUUCAUGUGUUUUUAUAACUCUGAAAUUAAAGCUGACAGAUUAUGUAA